GGUUAGAUUUGGACGCUUGAGGCUGUUAGCAGACGCAAUUUCAAGCAGACGAGAACGGACCCAAUAGUUUCUCCCGCCGAGUUAACGAACCUCGUUUAUCGGCAACUUUCACCCGCACACACUGCGUUCAAAAUAAUUCCAAAGUCCUUGUUAUUUUCUCGUGCCAGCCUCACCAGUUGAGAUCAGGACAAAUGUGGGCUCAGUCGUGACUAGGUCAUCUUUUUGCAGUCGCCUAAGUAUGCGCUGAUCAGACAAACUACUACAAACAUUUAAGCUGUUUUCACCGAACUAACGUCCCACUUUUUCGUGACUGAUUGGCUAGCAAAUAAUGACCACCGGAGGUAUGCCUUCUGGGAGCCAGGGAUGCUUGGUUGGGUUUUCGAAACCGACUGUGUUUACUGGUGCCUCAGCCAUGUUUUUACUGGUCUACCUGGCAUUAUGGAAGUACCAUGACAGCACCAAUCCUCUUUUAGCUAGUGCCUCAAGUUUACCUGGUGAUGAGUCAAGACCAUUACCUGGUGCUCACAGCCCACGUGACUUUUUGGAGCAAAUUAUGUCUUGUGAUCUGGACGAACCAAAAAAGAAAAAUGUUUUUCUGGAAAAAAAUAAAUCCAUGCCUAUGAUUUAUUUUGUCACACCAACAUAUGCCCGAUCCGUCCAAAUGGCAGAACUGACCAGGCUUGGUCAAACAUUGAGCAGUGUUCAAGCUUUGCACUGGAUAUUAGUGGAAGAUUCCACCAAAUGUAACCCUGUUGUUGGACAACUUUUAAGGAGAUUAGGAAUUCCAUUCACACACUUGGCAAGUGAAAUGCCAGCUGCCUACAAGAAGCUCAAAAUUCCACCAAGAGGCGUUUCUAAUCGCAGAGCUGCCUUAAAAUGGAUUCGAAGAAACGUCAAGCAAGGUGUUUUAUAUUUUGGAGACGACGACAACACGUACGAUGUGCGGUUGUUUGACGAGAUAAGAGAUACUCGAAACAUCUCCAUGUUUCCUGUUGGAUUAAUUGGCGAUUAUGCUGUCAGCGCCCCUGUGGUUCAUGAUGGAAAAGUGGUAGGAUUUUACGAUUCGUGGCCAGCUGGGCGCCGAUUCGCUGUUGACAUGGCCGGAUUUGCGGUUAACAUUAAGUUACUGCACCAAUUUCCUAAUGCGACCUUCAUUUAUGAAGCUGGCUUCGAGGAGGAUAGCUUUUUACAAGAAAUAGUCACGGACGCAGAUUUUAUCGAAGCAAAAGCAGCUAACUGUACUGAGAUACUAGUUUGGCAUACUCGUACCGUCCAAGUGCCUGCAGCGAUUUUACAGCCACCCACCCAAACUCUAACAGAGACUUCCAUAUCGGGGCUGCUUCGUAGAUUGAACGACUUGCAGUUGGCCACUAUCUCUUCAAAAGGCAAACCGAGUUCCGUGCAUUAUCUGACAAAUGUCUGACAUUUCACAUCAAAGGAAAACAAAAUCUGUGUUUACUCAGUGCCAUUCGGGAGGAAAAUGAGAUAGGAUAAUUGACGAGAGUGCACCCUAUUGAAAAAUUUUAUGUUGUGCGAGACCAAGAGAAAUUUAUAUCAUUGCAUUUUUUUUUUGACUGAUGUGUAGUUUUUUAAAUGGGAAAAUUUGGAUUUUCUUAUGUCCCUUAUACUCAUUUAUGAAUUCCACCUGUGAUAGUUUAUAUUAUUGUCUGAAUCUCCUACUGCAAUUUGAUCUUCCUAAUGGCGUAGUUGUAAUAAUAACUUGGCCCCUUUUUACUGCUAAUCCAGAGAAAACGAAUUUGAAAUACAUUGAUAUUGCGGAGUUAAUGAAA